AUGAGAGUGGCAAAUCCCUUUCUGGGGAAGUGGAACUCAAGUCUGGGUUGCCGAUUCAUAACGCUGGCCUACAAGUAUCGGCACAUUCAGGGGAAGAACAGUCCCAGCGUUCAUCCGUUGUCUCUCAAACUGAUAUCCAAGACGGUUAUUGGAAGAAAAUUGGCGGUAAACCCUGAAUUCCACGAAUGGAGCAAAGAACUAGAUGAUUUCACCACAUGGCGCAUCAUACGCCGUUCUAAGCCAGCUAUGUUACUCGACCUGAUUUCCGGAAUUUCUGGAAUGGAAUGGGUAAGAGAUUGCUUUCAGCCGGCAAAGCAACCUGUCCACCCGUUCCCUGGCCCAACCGUCCCACGACUUGUAUGGUUACCCCAUCCUCAAAGUCGUCUCGCUGUUGAGAGUAAGGAUGACAUGACUAUUUUGUUAUUUCAAAAUUCGUCGAAUGAACUUGUCUUGGUCAAACUUGGCAUACUCAACUGUCUUGCAAAGACUCCCAUAGCGUGCAACCGAGUGGCUCCUGGGACACCGCUAGCAAUCGGAUGGAUCAAUUCUCGGCUCUACGUCUUCUUUGCAGAAGAAGAUCACUAUCUCCGAGCCAUGUUCUACAAUGCUGGGAGUGGUCAAUGGCGUGAAGACGAACUAUCUACUAGCAAAAUUCAGAUCCAUCAGGAAUCAUCACUCCUUUGCCUCCGUUCCUGCCUUUAUUGUCAAGAUCGAAAUGGAGACAUACUACGCAUCAAAAGGGACAAAGGAGAGUGGCUCAACCCGUUCAAUUUACAUACGCAAGAGUCUGGUGCUCUACAAAAAGCAUGGGCCGGUACCCCCCUAACGGGAGGUUUCAUAAUCUCGCCAACUGCUCAGGGCAAUUACAGAUGGAUAGUACUUUAUUAUCUAUCAUCGAAGGGAAAAUUGGUCAGAGGUAUCGACGGGUCAAUGCAGACAUGCCAGGACGAAGAGGUCGUACCCGUAGAGAAUCCGCGGAUGCCAGCAUGGCAGGAAUCUCCUUGGACGAUUCCAGAGCAAGACACCUCAGUAUAUCCGGACUUCAGCAUGUCACCGGAUCAUCCCAAUGAGUCGACUCCGCCAAUUUUGUUUCGCACCACGGGGGAUUUCCUGAACAUGUGCUGGCAAAGUAAAAAAGACGAGGCGCAGUGGGUGUUUCUCCCUCGGAUCUGCCAAACAGCGCCUGGGAGUCAUUUCUUCUUACAGUUCUUGAAUCAGGACAUCAAUGAGUCAGCAUAUAUUUUCUUCUUCUCCAAGGACGCACACUUGGAGAUGGUCGAAAUAGACGACUACAUAUCAGAGAGAAAGCCCAUAAUUUCGCAACGCACCGUCUUCCACGAGAUUUGUGGCAUUAAGCCAUGGAAGAGGUUAUUCCCGAACAGUGACAGCGACGAAAGUGACGACAGUGACGACAGCGACGACGAAGACGACGAAGUCGACGAAGCAUGGCCACUACGAGAAAGCUUUGGCUAG